GACGUUAAGGAGGAAAAAAAAAAAACAAUAACACGCUACACGCACAAUAUCAUAUUUUAAUCUUAUUAUAAUAUUAUAAUACAACUUAAUAUAAUAUAUAUAUAUACGUGAGCGUGUGUCACAUAUCGCGUCUGCCAUUUUUUCGUGAGCCUUUUCCGGCUCUACUGCGAGUUACAGUGCAAGCAAAACAUUCGUUUCAUUCACCGUUUUUAUCGUACCCGACAAACGGUACAGACACGGACCAGGGACAGUUACUCCAUCGACGGUACACCGUCCACGACGGACGCCACCGCGAAGACGACAGUACAAAGCGCGCAUUUACGUUAGCUGUCCUGCACGCACCACCACCGGCGCGUCUAAUCCGGCGAUGUCUUCGAACAAAGUCGAAUUAAUCGACGACGACGACUCUGGCAGAUGAAAUUCAGUAACCCGCAGCACUUAGGGAAUUUCAAGGUAUUAGAAGCAGAAAGACAACAAAAUACAUUUUAAUAUUAAAAUAAUAUUGUUUGAUUCUACGCAAUGUCUAACAAUCAACAGCACGAAGAAUAUACAAUUUUAACAACAGGCUCAAACAACCGAGGUCAAAUGUCACAACCUCAUCUUACAUUUACACCGCCCACUCAAGUAUUUCGAACCGAAUGGCAACGGUUUCCAGAAUUUCAUGCUUGGUUGCGGCCAAUUGAUGGGGAUGUAACAAAAGCUUGGUGCAUUGCAUGUGAACGAAUGUUUCGUGCUGAUUUAAAAUCUUUACGGGUUCAUGGUGUAAGUAAAGCUCAUGUACGUAUGGUGCGUGCUCGUUGUCCUAAUGCAGAUGACAAUCCUAUACCACCAAUUGAGUAUAAUGUAGUGACUGACAAAAAAGGAACUUACGGCAUAGCUGUAGUGACUAAUAAGGAAGAUAAAUCUUCACUUGGAUCAAGAGCAUUAUAUAUGAAUCAAACAAAUCCUACUGAAGAAAUAAUUACAUCUGAAAUGGCUGCACAGUCACAACGAGACAAAUAUGUUGUGGUAUCAUUACCCAACGAAGAUGAUGAUGACAAUGAAGGUCCACAAGCUUCUAGCUCAAAUACUCAAUACAUACAAAAAGAAGUAAAUGUAAUCGACGAGACUGGUAAUUUGGUGUCUGUGGUUACUGAACAUCAUGUACAAAAAAAUAAAGACAAUGAUGAUGAUUAUGAAGUGGGUCUUCAAUCAAAUGACUAUCAUAGCACAUCUAAUUAUGAAAAAAUGGACCAAAAACAUGAUGAAAUCCAAUGCAAAGCUAUUGUUUCCAAACCUGCUCCAUUUUGGAAAGCCACAGCUGUUGUUAAUGGUCAUGUGACAGAGUUAAAAUUGAGUGACUACAGUGGACGUUAUUUAGUCCUAUUUUUUUAUCCUCAAGAUUUUUCCCGUAUUUGUCCAAGUGAGCUGAUUGCAUUAAGUGAUAGAGUAUCUGAAUUUAGAGCACUAAAUACUGAAGUAGUGGCAUGUUCUGUGGAUUCAUAUCUUUCCCACCAAGCAUGGUCUCGUACAUUGCGCUCUGACGGAGGCAUUGCCAUACCUAAAAUGCCGCUACUAUCUGAUCCAACACAUGUCAUUAGUAAAAGUUAUGGAUGUUAUUUAUCAGAACUUGGCCAUUCUCUCAGAGCUCAUUAUAUAAUAGAUAUGAGGGGUAUUUUGAGACAUGUGACAAUUAAUGAUCUACCUGUAGGCCGUAAUAUCAGUGAAAUAUUAAGACUUUUAGAAGCUUUUCAAUACACCGAUGAAACAGAAACAUUAUGCCCUGCUGAUUGGAAGCCUGGUGAACCAACUAUAUCAUAAUUGUAUUAUUAUUUUUAUUAUUAUUAUCACUACUGCUAAGCUAUUUUAAAUCUAUUUUAUUAUUAUAGUUCAUUUAUACUACUGAAUAAAAGUAAAUUUAGUGAACUUAACAACUUUAUAAUGAAUUAUAUUCUUCAUGAUUACCCUGUAUUGUCACAUUCAUAUUACAUGUACAUCCACAAUACAUUUGAGAAUAUUAUA